AGAUUUUUUAUAGAAUCGGACAAAUAACAAGGCGUCGGUGUUUUGUAAUUUUCCGAAACAUACUCACCCAAAUUAGGGUUUUAGCAUUUAGUGAGAUUUCCCAGUACACAACAUAUCUUCUCUACAUUGUCGCUGCUUCUUCGAUAGACUAAACGAAUCCAAAAGCUCAACAACCAUGGAAGGCGAAGACAAGAAUGAGCAUAGAAACGAGGAAGAAGAAGAGUUCAAUACACCACAACAACUAGAAAAGAAGCAAAGGAAAGGCAAAGAAAUAGCAUCGGAAACAGAGGAUCAAAACGAAGAAGACAAGAGAAUUACUCUCAAAGUCACUCAAGUCUCCGAGAGACCCGAUAGAAUCUCUCCGAUCGUCGCCUACUUCUCUACAGGAUACGAUCCUUGUAAGGUAGAUCCAGAAACAGGCAAGAGAGUUCAUGAAACUCCCAAAGUUACUGUUUAUAAGCAUAAGGAUGAUUCGAAGAAGAGGAUUCAGGUUGUGGUUAGUCCUCCAGGCGCAAGAGUUGAGUUCGUCGGAACUAAUUACACCGGCGAGCAAGCUGCUAUGCAGACGAAUACCUAUAGAGUUGGUGUUUUCAAUAGAGAGGCUAAGACUUUGAGGAUUCUUCCUGUUGCUCACAAUAAGAUAAUCAGAUUGGAGCCUAAAGUUAAAGCUCAAGAAACAGUUGAGGAAGAAGCUUCAGGAAGUGCGGUUGUUGAAGAACUUGGCAAACUUACCACAGGAGAACGCGACCGUUAUAAUACAAAGAAGGCUGUUACUCGGGACAAGAAGAAGCGUGCCUUAAAUAUGGGAGAUGAUGCCGAGACUCAGAAGUUCCUUGACGGGAAACUUGGUGAGUUAGAUGUUAACACAGCUGCUCUUGAAAGCACCAGUUCUACUGUUGCACGCAACAUUCCUCCUUAUGAUGCCGCUGCGACGACAGCAAAGGAAGCUUAUCCCUUAGAAAAGAUCAUUGAAAAGGGCGAGUGGAGUUUCCUUGAAGAUAUUUACUGGCUUCUGGAACAGGGAACUGAAGCAGCAACUGAUGCUUACCCUGUAUUUGUUCGCAACAGAUUGUUCAAGUUGCGUGAUAUCAAGGACGAUAUGAAAAAGCAGACGGUCUCUGGUGCGUUAACGCUUCUCACCCAUCUGGUUAAGUUCAAGGACAGAAACUCAAUGAAUGGUUUCGAUUCCGCUAAAAACCACAAGAUGCCAGACAUCUUCCGUAGGAAAUUUCAGAGCAUGUUCAAGGAUUCUGAAUCAGAGAGGAUACCUGUUGACAAGGCCAACCUUCUGAUAAGCUACGUUCUUGUGUUAUCCCUUCAUGUGGAUAAUUUCAAGACCGAUCCAGAAGACAUAGCAAAAGAUCUGAGGAUAAGCACAGUUGAGCUGAGGAAACAUUUUCAACAGCUUGGCUGCAAAUUCGUGAAGCAGAAUUCAACUUGGGUUGCGACCUUACCGACUCCUCUCAAUUUCCCGGAGGUUAACCGGAGGCGGAAGACACGAAAGUGAUGGAGAAGAUUUUGUUCUAUCUUUACAUAUUUACUGGUAGUUUAUAGACAUCUGUUUCUUUGGUUUAAUGAUAUUACUUUUGACGAUUUGUUGACAUAAUUUUUCUUAUUAGUAUUUGGAGACUUCUGUCUCUUUGGUUUAAUGAUAUGAUGUUUUGGCA